AAAGCAUGGAUUAGGUGGACGAUGGGAACACAACAAUCUAUUAUAAUGACCUGGAUUGCAUCUUGUCUCCAAAUGCGUGGGUUAGAUAAAUACCAUUAAGUGUUUCGGAUGCUGGCCGAUUACCGUCGCCUUUUAUGGAUCAGUGUCGAUCGGUUUAGACAAUUGUCCUUCAAUCACUACUCCGUACGCCAACUGGAAAGAAACCAGCCACUACCAAGGGACACCACAAGGUCAUUUUUACAUGAUCAUCACGUCCACAAUAAGUUGGUUUGCUUGAAAGCACUUGAUGCUCUGUAGGUGUUCGCUUCAUACAUGCCUUGCAUUUUUGGAGACCAACUAGAUCACUGGGGCCAA